GGUUGUUGGAUCAUUCUUGUGUUGGGUGGAUUCAUGCUCAAUCAACACUGGCUGGUUUAUAGCUUCAUUUUCAACAACAAAAAGCAGGAAAAACAAAGUACUUUUCAUACAUUUGGAAGGAAGAUUUAAGCUGAUUUACAGAGAUCUGAAAGAGACAACCUGCUCCUGGAUUAUAAUUAACUUUAUUGAGAAAGGGACAAUUCACAUUAAUGAACAUUAAAACAAAUGUAAAUAAUAUGUAGCAGAGAAAAUAACCUUUUCUUUCAAAAUUAAAAAAUAAAAUGAACCGAUAAUUUUUCUUUUUUAGUUUUGUUUGAAAGAAAGCUUAAAAUACCAAAAAGUACACUAAAGUAUGAAUUUUUGCAUUUCUCUUUCUAACAGGAAACUACAUGCUGCUGCGAGUGCUGCCUUCAGUCUACCCCAAAAAACCAGAAACCAUCCACCGUUACCUAGGCGACCUGACAGCAGUCAUGCCACAGCUGGAGCCCCCAGAACAACAGCACCUCAUUCGACUCAUUCAGAUGGUAGCAGAGCAGCAUCCCAUCAUGUUGAGCACGCACGUGCCUGCGCUGGUUAAUUAUCUGACCGUUCCCUGUCUGGGCGAGACUCUGCUGGGGGCUCUGGUGGAGGUGUCCCAGGCCUGCCCCUCCUCGCUGGUCAGCUUCCUUCCAGCUCUGAGAACGCUGGGACAGCGGUCCCCCGCUUACCUCGCUUAUGUCGCCAAAAUCCACGGCGCGGUGGGAAUCAUCAGUGAGAGUCAUGCUCACGGCUCACUGGUGUACCUGGUGUGUCUUCUGGGGAGCACGGAGCACAGCUUCCACCACACCCUGCUGCUGGAGAUCAGAGCGCUGACCGACCGAUACCCGUCUCUGCUGGGGGGCUGCGGGAAGGACAUCUACAGAAUGAGCAACUCCUUCACUGCUAUAGCCAGACAGCUGGGACGACGGCUGGAGGACAGGACAGCGGCUGACUGCAGGCUGGAGGAGGCAUGUCUGUCUUCUUCUGCAUCUCUUUGUGCUGCUGGAGGAGCAGGAGGAGGGAAUCCAGAACAGAGGUUACAGGUGGAGAUCCAAAACGAUGAAGACAACUUGGCAGAGAUGGAGAAGGAGGUGUUGGAGGACUCCCCUGCUCCUCAGCGGCGCUACAGCCUGAGCCAAGCUGUCACGGAGGAGAGAAGAGAGAUGAGGUUUAACAGAUCCAAGAGCCUGGCUCUUCAGGAAGUGUGUUCACGAUCCAUAAACUCAGACACUGGGGAGGACGGUGAAGAGCUCGAGCUCAACACAGAAACAUCUAACGCUUUGCCCUGUCGACCCUCUGAAAACCAGGAAGUAUCUCCUACCGGGAGGAAACUGACAGGUGACGGCCCCCCACCUGUUGCUGCUGCUGCACGGCCCGUCAAAGAAGCCGAGAACUGUCAAAACGGAGAGGUAGAUGCAGAGCAGGUGGAAACGGAUAAACUCUUCAUCCAUUUAAGAGACAAUUUGGAGACAAUCAGAGAGUUCUGCAAAGACAUGGUGCAGCAGAUCCCCACGCCUGACCAGUGUGUGAUUGAAGAUUCCAGUCGAGGCUGCAUGGCAAAGCUAUCCUUCUCCUGCCCCCUGAAGGGCCACUACUGCCUCUACGCCAAAUCCAGCUUCAACCUGACCAGCCGACAGCCCCACCUGUGGAUCCACAUCAUGCUGCUGCAUCUGCAGAGUAAGUCCAGCGUCCCUCUGCGCACUAGAGACGAAUCCAUUCAACAACUGGCCGCUCUGUGGGAGAAGACGCAGCUUAAGGGGUCCCACAGCUUCUCCAUGGCCAUGACCCAGCACAGCGCCCCUCACAGGAAGGAGCUGGAGAACCUUCAGAUCCAGCUGGAGGAGGUGCGAUUCUUUGACCUGUUUGGUUACAGCGAUGACCAGAGGAGCUGGCUCUGCUUCAUGUGCAACAACCCUGAGAAGGCCACAGUUGUGAACCAGGAAGGACAGCCUCUCAUUGAGGGGAAGCUGAAGGAGAAGCAGGUCCGCUGGAAGUUCAUCAAGCGCUGGAAAACCCGCUACUUCACCCUGGCGGGAAAUCAGCUGCUUUUUCGUCGGGGCAAAUCGAAGGACGAGCUGGAGGACUUUCCUAUCGAGCUGAGCAAAGUGCAGAGUGUCAAGGUGGUCGCAAAGAAGCGCAGGGAUCGGGGUUUGCCGCGGGCCUUUGAGAUCUUCACCGACAGCAAGACGUACGUGCUGAAGGCGCAGGACGAGAAGCACACGGAGGAGUGGCUGCAGUGCAUCAAUGUGGCCGUGGCUCAGGCCAAAGAGAGGGAGAACAGAGAGGCUACCACCUACCUGUGAGAGCCACGCCCACACAGGUAACUCCUCCUCUUUGAGGGGCAGAAACUCCAGGACGAUCCUGAAGAGACGCACCAUUAAAAAACCAUGGAUGGAUGUGCUCAAUAAGUAGGAUUUUUAGGAUCUAUGCAGCAGAGAUCAGCAGGAUAGCUUUCCUGGACGGAUCGAAUCGAGUCGACGACAAACCGAAGCAUCAAAUGUGCAAUUUCUGACGAGAACAGUACCUGAAAUCUUUGAAGAAACUAUAAUUUUGGUCAACUUUGGAGAAACAAAGACAUUUCUUUGUGAUGAUCAGAACCGAUUUUAUCUUCGUUAAGACUUCGACUCUUCCUUCUUUCAUGUCAUGUCACAGUGAAGCAGAAACCGAUUCACAUUAGAUAACUCCACAGUGGAUUCAAUGAGUCCAUAGGGACGGAUCUCCAAUAAACUGCUUCAACAGUUUUUGCUGGAACCAAACGUUUCAACAGGACGUGUUAAACAUUUGGGUCAACUCUCAGCUGUGGUGUAAGAUAACAUCUCAGCCUUUUAUGGAGCCAAUGUCUAUACAGCAGUUGAAGUGAGGGAGAAACACUGAGGACGGUGCCAGCUUCUGCAUACAUGGAACAUGAAGACUAAAAGUGAGAAACCCAAUCAAUAACCAGCAGAACGGAAGCUGGCACAGGGUUAAAACGUCUUGUUUUUUUUUUUACUUGGCAAGGUAUAAAUCAAAAAGUAAUGUUUGUUCAGUAAUAGAAACAUAAGGGUUUCUUUACAGGGUUUGAGAUUGAAAUUUCUUUGUCCAGACUGAUGCGUUUAAGGAGAAACGACAUUGAAAUGAUGGUUUUUCAAAAAUAAAGUUUGGUCUCAAGUACAAAAGGAGUUUAUACAAAUACACCCUUAUGUGUUUGAAGCUAAAUGACCCCCUAAAUCAGGGGUAUUAAACUCACUCGCACAGGGGGUCAAAAUCCAAAACAAACCUUAGGUCACGGACCGAACAGGAGAAAUAUUUAUUGAACACACUAAAACUACAUUUUUAAAACUUUAAAAGAUGACCAGACCUCUGGACCAGGCCUUUACCGAUACCCUAACCCUAGUCUGGUCCACGUCUGAUACAGCAUCCAGAAACAGUAUUAAUCCAUGUCCGGUAUUGGGUUAAGGUUAGGGUUAGGAUACUGGUGUGGUCCACGUCCCGGUACCGGACUGGUACCGUUUUUUGGCCAUGAUUUAAUUGGACAUAAAAAAAAAGAACGAGUUGGGGACACCUAAAAUGUACAUUUUUGACGUGGAGGGGUCCUAAGCCAUGCGUCAAUAUGUGAUGAUUUGGGAAUGAAUGUGUUUCAACAUGGUACCAGCACAAGAUAACAUCGGGCCAUUAUUAAUAAAAGUACAAAAAGAUCCGGCGGGCCGCAUAUGAUCCCCCAGCGGGCCGGAUCCAACCCCUGAGCCUUGACUUUGUCACAUGAUGUGCCCUAUUGGAACACUAAAAUCUAAAGGUCUUAGGUGAAAAAAAAUGAAAGUUAUAGUUUCCAUGUGGAAAUCCACAAAUUGGCAGUGUUUUUUUUCAGUAUAUUAUUAGGAUUUUUCUUUUUUAGAAAUGUUAUCAAUUGAAGAGUAUACUGCACUUAUGAUACGUUUAUGCAUAAGAAAGCCCAGAUCUGCAUUCAUGCAUCUCUAGCAGAUGAGAUGAUUAGAAAUGACUCUUGAGCACAAAUGAUGAUUCUAUUGACCUAAACUGUCAGGUGUUAUUAGCCAGAGAAGUAAGAUCUUCAAACAAGUAUUAGUGCAGAUAUGAUUUGAUCGGGGAUAGAAAGAUUUUAAUGAGCCAAAAAAAGAACUCAAACAUGAUUCACUUGCAACAGUUUCACAAAUAUCCUGCAUGAUUUUCUGAUAGAGUGAAAAAUGAAGAAUUACCUGCUAUUUAAUGCAGUUUUUAGCGUGCAUUAAAUAGCAGAAACACUGUUAGAAAUAUUGAGGAGAUAACUGACGGUGUUGAGCAGUGAUUGGUCCGAGUUGGUUUUGGAGUCAAUGUUUCUAUGGCAACCACUCUCACCAAGCUUGUUGGAAGGCCACACCCCUUUCACUUGGAAACGGGCUACACAACAUCUAUUAAUCAAAUACUUUAAAUAAUGGAGGUAGGCUCCACCUACUUUAUGGAGGCAUCUGAUUGGUCCGUUUUUGUAACUUGAAUUACAGUAACAAAUGUAAUGAAAAAAAAAGGUAGGAUUAUCGAGAACGUGUUAACAAAAGAUAGUAGAGACAAACAUACUGACUGAGUAAUAACUGUGUAUUUCUCUAUAGAAGUCGAUGGGAUUUUGGCUUCCUGGAACCAGCAGGAACUUCCUGUUUGAAACACCUGGGGGAGGAGUCACUCAGUCCAGUUCUAAUUUAAAGUAGAUACCAAACUUUCUGAUUCUCCUAAACUCUAACAAAUUGUCAUAUAUUUAGUCAUUUUAAGCGUGUAGAUAAAGUUGUGCCUGUGCGCUCUCCACCUGGAAGUUUGAAUUUUCAGUCCAGUCUGUCUGUGUCGGCCAUUUUUCUUAUGACGGUCUUUGGUCCUCACUUCACUCCUGACGUUCAUCAUGUGAUCAUAUGUUCUCCUCUGAUUUACGACGCACAAACAGGAGCGUUUGAAGGGCAGCUCAAGUCCAAACUGGAUCUAAAUGUGAAUGUUUGCAAGAAGGAGUUGGAGGUUUAAAAGGUCUUUAAGGUUGAUAACGAUGUGUUUUUGAUCACUUAGAACUCAUAAUGUGAAAAACUCAGUUUUCUUCUGUCUAGAAUCCUUUUCCUUGUCUUGAAGUGAAUUUUGAAUGUCCCAUCUGAGUGGAGCUGUCAUGUCAGACUGGAACGGCUGUUCCUGCUGGUAUGAAAGCUUUUCUGUGUCCGAGGCGUUCUGGGAGCAGCUGUCGUACUGACACUGGAGAGCAGUGAGCGCUUCCUCCUGCUCCGAAGCACAAAACCAUCCAACUGGAAAAAAGCUGGAAUUUCAAAACCGUGUGAUUAAGCUAAACAUAUCGGAUCUGAUGUAUUCCUUUUGUUAUUUCUUCUUUUAUGUUGCUGGAUUCAUUUGAUUUUUUUAUAUAUAUAUUUAUUGCUGUUUUGCAACACUGCUGAAUUGUGUUUUUUUUCACUUUUCUAAAUUAAUGAUAAAUUGAAUUUGAUUGUAACACUGGCCUGCUGCAUUUUUUUGCUUGUUUACUUUUUUCCUGAGAUGAUUGUCAAAUAAAUCCUUCAGAUGAAAGCAGUUUGUAGCAUCAAAUGUUGAAAUAAAACAAAUCUGCUGUAAUGAA